AUGCCCGCACCACCUCCCCCUCCGCCCAUGCCGCCCAUGGGAAGAGGCGCUGGAGGGCCACCACCACCGCCGCCAAUGCCGGGGAUGAAGGCACCGGGAGGAAAGCCGCCGUCGGGAGCAGGCAGAGGAGCACUGCUGUCCGACAUUGGCAAAGGAGCAAGACUCAAGAAAGUCACACAAGUCAACGACCGGACUCGAGGCCGUCGUCGGUCCCAUACGAGUAUAGGCAUGAAGCCCAAGCCGCCGCCGCCAAUUGGCAAGAAGCCGCCCAUGCCACCACCAGCCUCGCGCAAACCCUCUGGCAUGGCACCUCCGCCGCCAUCAUCGUCACCAGCCAGAGCACCGCCUGUCCCUGGGGGUGCCCCUCCCGCUCCUCCGCCAGCACCACCGUCAUCCACACCAAGCGCACCACCUCCGCCCCCUCCAGGCGCUGUUCCGCCAGCUCCUCCGCCGCCUCCCCCUUCGUCAGCACCUCGAACACCAGCACGUUCAACGCCGCCGCCACCCCCCGGACCGCCUCCUUCGAAAGCGCCAGUAGACGACGACGAGUACGACCCAUACAAGUACGACAGUUCAAGAGUACCACCUGCGCCCGCUCCUCCGCCACCGAAAGCUGCAAACGGUCUUGGCCCAUCACUCGCAGAACAGGCAGCGCGCAACGCAUUUGGCGCAGCGCAUGGGAGAACAUCACCUGCCGCCCCACCACCUCCCCCACCAGCAUCCGCGCCUUCACCGCCCGCAGCGUCUGCACCACCGCCUCCACCGGGCACCGCACCUAACCGACCUUCAGCAAGCCCAGCGCCAUCGCGCUCAAUGCUCGACGCAAGUUCGUAUACGCUUACAAACGGCGGAUCUGUGAGAAGUCCAGCCACUUCUGGUGCUGGUGGAGCUCAAAAAGGAAAGAUUGUACCCAUCCACGACUUGAGAUGGAGGUUCCAGGACGAAGCACAAUUCCCACGACCAAGAGACUUUUCGAAUGGUCAGAAGAGAUAUCGGGCUGGGAGAGGAAGCAGUGUGCCGCUGGAUCUAAGUGCGUAUGAGUAG